CAGAUAGGGAGGGAAGAGAUGAAGCACCUGGUGGAAGGGCUCAAGUCGAACAGCAGCAUCCACACCCUGGAUCUGUCGAUGAACAGGAUCGGGGUGGAAGGGUCGCAGUACCUGCGGGAGCUGUUCCAGCACAACUUGGCGAUCGCUGACGUGAACCUGUCGGCCAAUGAGCUCAGGGACAAGGGGAUCAGCAACGUCGCCGAGGGCAUCCUGGCGAACAAGACAGCGACGAGGACGAGGCCUGUCCGACGGCUGGUCCUGUACGACAACUCGUUCUCGACGGACGGAGCAAGGGCCCUCUCAAUGUGUCUCGCUCACGCGCAAGUAUCCAUCACCCUCCUUGAUCUCUCUCGCAACCCCAUCGGAUGCUCGGGGGUCUCGUUCGUUGCUGACGCCGUCUUCCACGGCUGUCCGCUCGUGACGCUCCUUGUCAGCAACUGCAAGAUCGGGAGCGAGGGGAUGAUCAGGAUGGCGGAGGCGAUCGAGAAGACGACUAGCCUCCUGAGCCUCAAGCUUCAGCGUUGCCCCCUCGACCCCCUCGGUGCUCAGCAUCUCGCGCGCAUGCUGGAGCGCAACCCAGCUCUGCUCGGCCUCGAUCUCUCCGGCAGCCCGAUCCUGGGGGCGGGCAUGGCGGAGAUCGCGGCGAGCAUGGGGGGGGAUGCGGACACGAGGAGGGAGAGGAACACGCGGCUGACGAGCCUCAGCGUGAGGAGCUGCCAGCUGCAUGCCGGGGGGGCCGCGCACAUCGCGAGGAUGCUGCACAGCAACAACCACCUGCGGCGACUGGACCUGGGGGACAACAAAAUCGGGACCAGGGGAGCGCUGGAGCUCUCAGCUGCCCUCCAGCAGAACUUUGCGCUUACAGAGCUGCAGCUGGGGAAGAACGAGAUCGAGGACGAGGGGUGCCUGGGGCUCGGGAGGUGCCUGUCCGUGAACCUGUCCUUGAGGAAGCUGGACUUGUCCGACAACAGGAUAGGAGACGGGGGGGCCAGGGCCCUCUGCCUGGGUCUGCUGGCCAACGAGGCCAUGAGCGAGCUAAGGGUGGAGGGGAACGUGCUGACGAGCGUCGGCGUCUGCUUUCUUGAGGUCGCCCUGCGU